ACCUACAAACGGUUUCUUACCCCAAAAAAACCCUACAAGCGGAUCUGAUCCAUCUCUUCUCUCUGCUAUCGUCCUAUCCCUCUCUGGUGCGCCCGUGAGCUAACUCUCUCGGUUUCCUUCUCGGUUUCAAGCGGCAUUAAAAGAUCUUAAAGGUCUCUUCUUCCAUACCGUAGGAGAUAGAUGAUUUGGGAGGAGGCUACUUCUCCUCGUUCCAUCUAUCCUUAGCUGUUUUGAUGAUCUCGAAGUUCCUAUGGUGUUUUUUUCUUUGCUGUUUUCAAUUGAUUAGUCGGAAUAGUCCGUCAGGAUCGGAUCUUCUGGGUUUCGUUCGUCUUUGGAGCAUUGGGGGUGAUCUGGGAAGACACAAUCCGAUGGCUGGUGCCGUAGAGGUGAAGCAGGGCAAGAGCCAGAUCUUCUUCAAUGGUGCUGAGAGCAAGGGUUGCUGCGCUGACAAGGGGCCCGGCUAUGCGUCACCCCUUGAAGCUAUGUCGGGGCCUAGAGAGACCUUACUCUAUGUUACUUGCGUCUACCAUGGAACUGAAAUAGAGAAACCUGAUUACUUGGCAACAGUGGAUGUUGAUCCUAGCUCACCAAGCUAUUCUAAAGUUAUUCACAGGCUGCCUGUGCCACAUAUAGGUGAUGAGUUGCAUCACUCUGGUUGGAAUGCCUGCAGCUCCUGCCAUGGUGAUCCAUCAGCAGUUCGGCGUUUCCUGAUCUUGCCUUCAUUGCUGUCAAGCCGCAUAUAUGUUGUCGAUACUGCAACUAAUCCAAGAGCUCCAUCUUUGCAUAAGGUGGUUGAACCUACAGAUAUUGUACAGAAAACUGGAUUAGCAUAUCCUCACACUUCCCAUUGUCUUGCAUCUGGUGAAAUAAUGGUGUCUUGCCUCGGAGACAAUGAUGGAAAUGCAGAAGGCAGUGGCUUUCUUCUCCUAGAUUCAGAUUUCAAUGUGAAAGGAAGGUGGGAAAAGCCAGGUCACAACCCACCAUUUGGCUAUGAUUUCUGGUACCAACCUCAACACAAGACCAUGAUUAGUUCAUCAUGGGGAGCUCCUGCAGCUUUUACAAAGGGUUUUAAUCUUGAACAUGUUAAAGAUGGACUAUAUGGAAGACACCUCUAUGUAUACAGCUGGCCUGGUGGUGAACUAAAGCAGACAUUGGACCUAGGCAACUCUGGGCUUCUGCCUCUGGAGACAAGAUUUCUUCAUGACCCCUCCAAGGACAUCGGUUUCGUUGGCUGUGCUUUGAGCAGCAACAUGGUGAGAUUUUUCAAGACUGCAGAUGGAACCUGGAAUCACGAGGUUGUGAUAUCAGUGCAACCACUGAAGGUGAAAAACUGGAUUCUUCCCGAAAUGCCAGGACUGAUAACCGACUUCCUCAUCUCUCUGGAUGACCGCUACCUCUACUUUGUCAAUUGGCUGCAUGGGGAUGUUAGGCAGUACAACAUUGAUGAUCCUGCUAAGCCUGUGUUAAGUGGCCAAGUAUGGGUGGGAGGACUCCUUCAAAAAGGGAGCAACGUAGUCUAUGUGACAGAGGAUGGGAAAGAGUCACAAUUUGAUGUGCCUGAGAUCAAGGGCAAUCGACUCAGAGGAGGGCCACAGAUGAUCCAACUGAGUUUGGAUGGGAAGAGACUGUAUGUGACCAACUCCCUCUUUAGCGUAUGGGACCGUCAGUUCUAUGGUCUGGAUCUUGUGAAGAAGGGUUCUCACAUGUUACAAAUUGAUGUGGACACAGAGAGAGGAGGGCUUACGGUGAACCCGAACUUCUUUGUUGAUUUUGGUGCUGAACCUGAUGGCCCUUCACUGGCCCAUGAGAUGAGGUAUCCUGGUGGGGAUUGCACUUCUGAUAUAUGGAUGUAAACAUUUGCAGCUUCUCUGGAGGUACAAUGGAAUGCCAAAAAUAAACUCUAAGAAAAUUGGACCAAGGACAUUGUACUAUAAGACUGCCUUUCUUUGACCUCUAGUGAGUGCAAAGAGAAUAAUGCCGAAUAAAUCAAGCUUAUGGUGCCCCAUCAAUAAAGCUUUUAAAUAAGCAA